GCAAAAAUGCAUAUAAUUGUAAGUUAAAUUUUUAAUAAUAUAUAAUUAUAAAUUAAAUUUAAUAAUUAUAUUAUUUUUAAAAUAAUUUUAUAUCAUUUCAGAAAUAUAUGAUUCCAAUUUUCUUAUUAGCAACUACAUCAACUUUAGCUUCAAAAAUAGAAUUGGAACAUAAAGUUGAAACAACACAUAGUGAAGUUUCAAAACCAUAUCCUGUACCAGUUUAUGAGAAAGUUGGUUUACCAAUUCCACAUCCUGUGCCAGUUGCUGUACCAAAUUAUUAUAAAAUCACUAUUCCACAUCCGUAUGCUGUUCAUGUCCCAGUUGAAGAAAAAGUAGAAGUUCCAGUUUAUAAAGUAGUACCAGAAAUUAUUGAAAAGAAAAUUCCAAUAACAGUUGAAAAACCAUAUCCAGUUGAAAUUGAAAAACCAUAUCCAGUUGAAGUUGUUAAAAAAAUUGAAAUUCCAGUACCAAAACCUUAUCCAGUUCCAUAUACAAUUUAUAAACAUGUCCUUCAAAAAGAAAAACAUGGUUGGUAA